AUGCCUAGAUUGUACUAUGACACAUUUCAUCCCACAAUCCACUUUCAGAUAUCAUCAUCAUCAUUAUCACUCCCUAAACCAAUGAUCUCCCGCUGCAGCAUAGUCCAAUCUCACCACCCCAAUUUCACAAUCUCAUACCUGAUUGACUCAUGUAGUCUCUCUCCAGACACUGCUGCUCUUACUUUCCAAAAGCUUCACCUUCCUUCUGCUGAAAGACCAGACUCAGUUCUCACCCUUCUCAGGGAGCAUGGUUUCACAGAUACCCAGAUUUCAAACCUCAUCAGAAAACGCCUAUUGUUUCUCUUAGCAAACCCAGAUAUCCUCUUGCCAAAGUUUCAAUUUUUCCUCUCCAUUGGGAUUUUCAAUACCAACCUCGCAAGAACCCUAACUGCUGAUCCAACCCUUUUGACCCGGAACUUGGAGAAACAGAUCAUACCCUGUUACAAUUUUCUCAAGAGUGUGUUGAUUUCUGAUGAAAAGGUUGCAUCUUCAUUGAAGCGCACAUCUUGGGUCUUCCUCGAGGAUCACAAGAAGAACCUCGUACCAAACCUCAAUCUCCUAAAAGAGAUGGAUGUUCCUAAAUCAUGUGUUACGCUGUUGCUGACUCAUUUUUCGGAGGCAUUGAUGCAGAAAAAGAAAAACUUUGCAAAGCUUUCUAAGGAGAUUAAAGAAAUGGGGUUUAAUCCAAAAAAUACAAUUUUUGUGUUGGCCAUUCAUGUGCUCUCAGGUGAGGGUAACAAAUCCAUAUAUAACCGCUGUUACGAGGUUUAUAAGAGGUGGGGUUGGUCCACUUUGGGAGGUGGAAGGAAAGGUGGUCAGGGGUGGAAUUGGAGGGAAGGAGGGGAUGCGGUGGAGGUGGGAGGAAUGAAGGUGAGAGAGAGAAGCAGGAGCAGAGGAGAGAGACGGAAAGGUGGAAGAAGAAGAAAUGGUUAA